GGGAGUCAAGCGGGGAGCUGGGGCCCCCUCCAUCGGUGGAUGAGGCAGCCAACACAUUGAUGACGCGCCUGGGCUUCCUCUUGGGAGACGAAACUAGUGAGGGGCCAGACGGAGAACAUUACAGCAUGGACGAACAAGACGACAGACAGGUGUGUGUGUGUGUGUGUUUGGCCAUUCCAUAAUGCUAACCCCUCCUCUCUCUACUGCUAUCACUGAGGAAAUGGUGCUGCAAAUUUCCGCUCUGAGACGAAAAACCUCAGUAUUCGUGAUAUCUUGAGAUUCCAUUUGGUGUUUCUCUAUUUCUGAUUCCAUUUGAGAAACACACAUACCUGGGAUGUGAUGACUUCCCUUCUAUCUGAUAUUUUGAUGAUCUCCUUGUUUACAGCCUGUUGAUACACAUCUGUAAGCCAGGACAAAAGAUCAAAGGAAACUCACAAAAUUGCCCUCCACCAAGGAAUUUUACAUUCCCAAUUUUUCAGUUUCUACACCGAGCAUAAACUGUCUACAUCCCUAAUAAGGCCAUUAUAUAACAAAGUUCUUAAAUUAUUUAUUUUGCUUGGUGCCUCAACUUCAGUCGUCGUUCAUUAAUAUAUUCUGCCACUUUGGUGUGCUGAUAUCCAGCAGAUUGACUAAGUCUAAUAUUCUCUCACUACUGACUGAACCUAGGCUGCUAAAUGGCAUUUGCUGCGGGGACUUGCUUCCAUUCAGCCACAAGAGCAUUAGCGAGGUUGGACACUGAUGUUGGACGAUUAGGCCUGGCACGCAGUCAGCCAAUUCAUCCCAAAGGGUGUUCGAAGGGAUUGGGGUCAUGGCUCUGUGCAGGCCAGUCAAGUUCUUCCACACCGAUCUCGACAAACCAUUUCUGUGUGGACCUUGCUUUGUGCAUGGGGGCAUUGUCAUGCUGAAACAGGAAAAGGCCUUCCCCAAACUGUUGCCACAAAGUUGGAAGUACAGAAUCGUCUAGAAUGUCAUUGUAUGCUGUAGCAUUAAGAUUUCCCUUCACUGGAACUAAGGGGCCUAGCCCGAACCGUGAAAAACAGCCCCAGACCAUUAUUCCUCAUCCACCAAACUUUACAGUUGGCACUAUGCAGUCGGGCAGGUAGCGUUCUCCUGGCAUCCGCCAAACCCAGAUUUGUCCAUCAGACUGCCAGAUGGUGAAGCGUGAUUCAUCACUCCAGAGAACGCGCUUCCACUGCACCAGAGUCCAAUGGGGGCGAGAUUUACACCACUCCAGCCGACACUUGGCAUUGCGCAUGGUGAUCUUAGGGUUGUGUGCGGCUGUUCGGCCAUGGAAGCCCAUUUCAUGAAGCUCCCGACAAACAGUUAUUGUGCUGACGUUGCUUCCAGAGGCAGUUUGGAACUGCCCACACAGGAAAAAUAUAAACACAACAUGCAACAAUUUCAAAGAUUUUACUCAGUUACAGUUCAGACCAUCCCGCAGGUGAAGAAGCCAGAUGUGGAGGUCCUGGGCUGGCAUGGUUAUAUGUGGUUUGCGGUUGUGAGGCCGGUUGGAUGUACUGCCAAAUUCUCUAAAACUAUGUGAGAGGCAGCUUAUGGUAGAGAAAUGAACAUUCAAUUCUCAGGCAACAGCUCUGUUGGACAUUCCUGCAGUCAGCAUGUCAAUUGCACGCUCCCUCACAACUUGAGACAUCUGUGGUAUUGUGUUGUGUGACAAAACUGCACAUUUUAGUGGUCUUUUAUUGUCCCCAGAACAAGGUGUACCUGUGUAAUGAUCAUGCUGUUUAAUCAGCUUCUUGAUAUGCCACACCUGUCAGGUGGAUGGAUUAUCUUGGCAAAGGAGAAAUGCUCACUUAGAGAAAUAAGCUUUUUGUGCGUAUGGAAAAUGUCUGGGAUCUUUGAUUUCAGUUCAUGAAACAUGGGACCAACACUUUACAUGUUGUGUUUAUAUUUUUGUUCAGUGUAUAUAUAUAUAUAUAUCUUGGCACAAUAAGUCUGUUUUUAAGCACUACAGCAGAUUACCUGCUUUCUGUACCUCAAACCUAAUUUGACAAGUCUACGUUUACAGAAGAGGGAGACAAACAACGUCAGAGAACGAGAGAUAUGGAGAGAGCGAGAGGAGAGCGAGAUUAAGAGCAAGAGUGUGUGAGAGAGAGAUAUACAGAGACAUAGAGGGCGGGGGCUGGGGUGUUACCUGUUGCUUCAGGUAGGUGUGUUAUGGACUGUAUAGGUACGGGCUGAUGCAGUGUGGCUAACCGAUUAGACUGAUAGAGCAUGCUAGAUGUUAGUGCUGUUACGCUGUAGUGGUGGGGGUGUAUAGAGUGGCUUCUUGCUUUAGAAAUAAGGGUCAUAGGGCUCUGGUGAAAAGUAGUGCACAAUGUAGGGAAUAGGGUGCCAUUUGGGAUGCAGUCAGUGACUCAUCGUGGACCCCUGCCGUGUGUGCUCCCUCUACAAAGUCACAUUUUCCGAUAUUUUCUUCACAAAUAUAGCCUGCCCUAAAUAUCUUGUUUGAUAUAUAAACAGCUAAUGUUUAUUUUAGAUCCAUGAAAAGACGUUGAAACCCUCAAGGGUGGCAAUAUGAGGAUAUUAAAGUAUACGUUUCCUUUUACUGUUAAAAUCUAUAUACAAUUAACUUUGAUGGGCUACAGUAGGUAGGAUAGUUACAGUAGCUGGGAUCUCUGCAGGAUAGCUAAAGCCUAUUGGCUUAGGGAGGAAGGUGACCUUCUCAACCUCCAGAAAGCCGGCCAUUAAUUGCCUCUCCCCUCUCCACCUCUCCGCUUCUUCACGCAUCCAAGUUCAAUCUAAUUCUACCGUGCUUUUUAAGGUCAGAUGGUCAGACUAACACACAGAGGAGACAUCCCAAAUGGCACCCUAUUGCCUAUGUAGUGCACUACAUUUGAAGUAGUGCACUAUAUAUGGAAUAGGGUGCCAUUUGGGACGCAACCAGAGUGCACUAGCCCAGCAGAUGGAGGUUAUACUGCUUGAUGUAUAGAGGUGCUGUGUGUGUUAGUUUUCUGCUAGCCUCUCACAGACCGACCCUGUAAAUGUGCCGAUUGACUGCUCUCUUCCAAACCCUGAGUACAGAUGACAGCUCUUACUGGGCCUGCCUAACUCAAUGACUGUACAGGCCCCAACCCCCGUAGGCCCCAGGGGUGGGGGGGAGAGGAGACGGAGAUGAACGGGGACACGUAACGGGCAGCAUGCGACCUGACCUGGCUCUCUGUUGUCCCGUCACUACACUGACUGACUCACACUGACCAGGAAGACCAGGGGCGGUCUGACUGUUUCAUAGACUGGAUACAAAGGGGGCUAAGCAAUUGAGGCUUGGGGUUGAGUUGAGGCUAUGUGAGGGGGAGCCAUGGUCUUCUACAGUAGAUCAAGUGUAUUUGUCAUAUGCACAUGAUACACAUGGUACACAGUACAAUGAAAUGGUUUCUUGCAGGUUCACCUCUCAACAAUGCGACAAAAUAAGCGUAAGUAAGUUAAGCAUAAUAAAAAAUAAGCUCAAUGGAAUAAAAAUGGAGUACAUUUAGCAGAAAUAUAAAUACAAGGAUGGACUCAAACUCAUUUACAGUAGGAUGUUUACACAGUAUAUUUGCACAAUAAACCUGUUUUUUUAAGCACUACAGCAGCUACAUGAAUUGAGUGUCCUCUACCUUUGACUUUACAAAUAAUGACACUGUGUGUGUGCGCGUGUAGAUUAGCCAUGCCAGUAACAUUGUGACAGGUAACAUCCAAUGGGAGCAGGGCAGGGGCAGGAACUGUUUAAAGCUCUCUCUCUCUCUCAGCAAGGCUGUGGAGUCAAUCUGCUGCUAGAGAUCAAAUGGAAGCUUCAGUACUAUUGGUCCCAGACAAUUAUACACCUACACAGAACCCUAAGACAGUAGCAUGGUUUCCAGUUUCCACUACCAGGCUCAGUGCUUACUAGCGCCAGAGAUGUUUGAAACCGAGAGACUCAACAUGUGAUUACUUCCUCCAUUACCUUGUGGUGGUAAUUUGCUCCUCUCCUAUUGAUGGUGGUCUCAUUCGUCUUGGUUUUCUGGGGUGUGUGUGUGUGUGGGCGUGGGCACUGACUGUGUGUAUUUCUCCUCCAGGACCUGGCUGGUAACCAGAGGAUCAGUCCGUGCUCCACCCUGACCAGCAGCACAGCCUCCCCCCCGGCCGGCUCCCCCUGCUCCACCCUGCCGCCCGGCGCCGAUGGUGCCAUGCCCGGGGGUAACCAGGGCAACAAGGACCAUGCCUACGGAUCUGUCACCAGCCCCACCUCCACCCUAGAGAGCCGGGACAGCGGCAUCAUCGGUGAGGGGGAUGGACUAUAUACACACACACACACACACAUGAACGCACGCAUGCAAAAACACAACAAUACUGUAGCUUUUCAUGUAUACUAUACUACAGACAUUUACAGUGCAUUCUGAAAUUAUUCAGACCCCUUCCCUUUUUCCAAAUGUUGUUACGUUACAGCCUUAUUCUAAAAUGUAUUGAAUGAAAAAAAAAUCUCAUCAAUCUACAAACAAUACCCCAUAAUGACAAAGCGAAAAACAGGUUUUUAGAAAUGUUUGCAAAUGUAUUAAAAUAAAAUUUGAAAUACCUUAUUUACAUAUGUUUUCAGAACCUUUGCUAUGAGACUCGAAAUUGAGCUCAGGUGCAUCCUGUUUCCAUUGAUCAUCCUUGAGAUGUUUCUACAACUUGAUUGGAGUCCACAUGUGGUAAAUUCAAUUGAUUGGACAUGAUUUGGAAAGGCACACGCCUGUCUAUAUAAGGUGCCACAGUUGACAGUGCAUGUCAGAGUAAAAACCAAGGAAUUGCCGUAGAGCUCCGAGACAGGAUUGUGUCGAGGCACAGAUCUGGGGAAGGGUACCGAAAAUUGUUUACAGCAUUGAAGGUCCCCAAGAACACAGUGGCCUCCAUCAUUCUUAAAUGGAAGAAGUUUGGAACCACCAAGACUAUUAAUUCUGACAGGGGUCUAGAGUUCCUCUGUGGAGAUGGGAGAACCUUCCAGAAGGACAACCAUCUCUGCAGCACUCCACCAAUCAGGCCUUUAUGGUAGAGUGGCCAGACGGAAGCCACUCCUCAGUAAAAGGCACAUGACAGCCCGCUUGGAGUUUGCCAUAAGGCACCUAAAGGACUCUCAGAACAUGAGAAACAAGAUUCUCUGGUCUGAUGAAACCAAGAUUGAACUCAUUGGCCUGAAUGCCAAGCGUCACUUCUGGAGGAAACCUGGCACCAUCCCUACGGUGAAGCAUGGUGGUGGCAGCAUCAUGAUGUGGGGAUGUUUUUCAGCGGCAGGGACUGGGAGACUAGUCAGGAUCGAGGGAAAGAUGAAUGGAGUAAAGUACAGAGAAAUCCUCGAUGAAAACCUGCUCCAGAGCGCUCAGGUCCUCAGACUGGGGCGAGGGUUCACCUUCCAACAGGACAACGACCCUAAGCACACAGCCAAGACAGCGCAGGAGUGGCUUCGGCACACGUCUCUGAAUGUCCUUGAGUGGCCCAGUCAGAGCCCGUACUUGAACCUGAUCGAACAUCUCAGGAGAGACCUGAAAAUAGCUGUGCAGCGACGCUCCCCAUCCAACCUGACAGAGCUUGAGAGGAUCUGCUGAGAAGAAUGGGAGAAACUCCCCAAAAACAGAUUGUAGCGUCAUACCCAAGAAGAUUCGAUGCUGUAAUCGCUGCCAAAGGUGCUUCAACAAAAAUCUGUUUUUGCGUCAUUAUGGGUAUUGUGUGUAGAUUGAUGAAGGGGAAAAAAUUAUUUAAUCAAUUUUAGAAUAAGGCUGUAACACAAUGUGGAGACAGUCAAGGGGUCUGAAUACUUUCCGAAUGCACUGUACGUGAUUGGUUGUGACGUUGGGUCAUCAAGCAUGGUCGUAGCAGAGGCAACCCCUCCUUCCCUUCACUCUGACCCCUCUACUCCCUUUGUUCCUUCCUUCCAGCCACCCUGACCAGCUACUCGGAGAACGCUGAGCGGGGGGGUAAAUAUGGUGAGGGGGGUUUCUCACGCGGCAGUAACCUGAAGUUGUGGCAGAGCCAGAAGUCUGGCACUGACUCGUUCCUCUACCGUGUGGACGAGAACAUGGCUGCCUCCACCUACAGUCUCAACAAGAUCCCAGAGAGACACCUGGACAGCAUGUCCUCCCACUCCGCUCACUCCAUCCCUCUGUACCUCAUGCCUCGCCCUAACUCUGUCGCA